ACGGUAAACAUCGCAAAUUAUCGACAAGCGUUUUUCUUGCCUGCAAUUCAUAAUCGAAAGCCGACAAUUCUCAAUUCUAUUUAAUAUUCCUUUAAACAGGAAGAAUAUCCAUUCUACUAGCUCAUUUGUAAGUUAAGCUUGUAGUUUCUCAAGUUUGGUAAUUAUUGAACCAAAAUGGCUGGUUUGGAAUCGAUGAUUGUAGAGGAUAAACAACAGUUGGUGAAAAGCGUAGACCGGGAGAAGACCUGUCCCCUCCUACUUCGGGUGUUCUGUUCCACUGGCCGGCAUCAUUCGGCGAGUGAGUACAAUCACGGCAAUGUGCCAUCGAACGAGUUGCAAAUCUAUACCUGGCUCGAUGCCACGCUACGGGAACUGACGACCCUGGUGCGGGAUGUGAAUCCGGAAACCCGCCGAAAGGGAACCUACUUUGAUUUUGCCAUCGUAUCGCCGGACCGCAAUUCUAUCUUCCGGAUGCGGGAAAUCGGCGUAACUUGUUCGGGCCAAAAAGGAGCCGACGAUUCGAAAACACUGGCCCAGGCUCGGUUCACCAUCGGGGACUAUAUGGACAUCAACAUCACUCCACCGAACCGAAUUCCGCCUGGCAGGAGGCAGAGGCCUUACUAGGGUCGGAACAGACCCGGCAGCCGCUGGUCUACCAGUGGAAAUGGUCGGGUGAUGGACCCUAGCAAAGGCAAGUAGCAGUAACCGGACGGAACAAACCGAAAAAAAAAACACAAAAAAAUCCCCAACGUGUGUGCGAGUGUUGUGGCAAAAAAGAAAAAAUGCAUUUCUUUUUCUCAUUUUUUUUAUUAGAAAUCUUAAGUCGUAAAUGUAAAAUAAAUACACAAUCCUAAUGACAAAUA